AAUUACGAGUAGGCGUUUGGACUGGUUUUUUCCCACUGCAGUGCUGAAGUGUACAUUUGGGACAAAUGAAGCGGCCAGUUCCAGUUUUGAAGUAUUUUAUGGUGUGUUGAUAGUUUAAUGCUGACUUAUAAAACUGUAAAUAAAACAACUGACACUUAAAAUGCAUCUUGUUUGGUGAUAGGCUGUGAUCAGAAUUCACUGUAUUGUGUUAGGAGGGAUAAAUCUCUCGGCUUGGCUUCAGACUAGAUAUUGAGCCUAAUAUUUAUGGGGAAGGUGUUGAUGUAGGUUCCUUUACUGAUCAUAUAAUAGAUUACAAAACUGUUUAAAACACACUAAAGAAUAAGAAAUGAAGCGCAGGAUGUCGAGUCACUGCAUGCCAGGGUCUCAAGGUGCUUCUGUUCUGCAUUGUGUCCGAAAUGGCACCCUACUCCUUAUUCCCUACACACGGCGAAGUGCACUCUGGCUGGUUUGCAUGCGUUAAGCUACACCGUUUGGACACUGUGACUUAAGGACUGCGCCUGAUAUUCUGCAACACGCUUGCAGACAUGAAUAUGAAACGGCAAAAGUCUCUAACAAGUGCACUAGAUCGUGAUUAAGUGGAUGUUUUAGACGUACGCACGAAGAGACGCACGCACGCUCGCUCGUACGCGCGCGAUGAGCUCGGAGCUGGAGUGCGUGUCGCUCAAGUCGCGGGCGAACUCCGUGGGCUCGGGCGGUCGCUCUCUCUCCGUUAACGUCCAGCGGCUGCACGACUCUCUGCACGUGUUACUCAGCGACACCGAGCGCGAGCAGUUCGCGCACUGCCUGAGCGUGUACCACGCCAAGCGCAACGUCUUCGACCUGGUGCAGACGCUUAAAGUGAUCCUCGACACGCCCGGCAAACGCCAACUGCUGCCCAUGCUGCGGCUCGUGCUCCCCCGCGCGGACCAGCUGCUGUUCGACCAGUACACGUCUGAGGGCCUGUACUUGAAAACAGAGCCGCCUACGUCUGUCGUGGACGCGCACCACGCACCUGGAGAAGUCAAUCACGCAAACGCCGUUAUGAGCGCCCACGCGCGCGCGCCCUCAGUGCACUUUGCCGGCGCGGCGGAUUUCAGCACCGCGGCUGAAGGGACAGCGCACGACGACACGCGUCACGUGACUCUGAAACGCUCCAAGAGCCACGAGGGCCUCGGUUUCAGCAUCCGGGGCGGCGCAGAGCACGGAGUGGGGAUCUACGUGUCUCUGAUAGAGCCGGGCUCCUCAGCAGAAAGAGAGGGACUCCGCGUGGGAGACCAGAUCAUCAGAGUCAAUGACGUAGUGUUUGACCGGGUCACCCAUGGAGAGGCAGUCAAGGUGCUGAAGGGUUGCAAGAAGCUCUGCUUAUCAGUGUGUUCGAUGGGGCGGAUCCCAGGAGGUUAUGUGACCAAUCAUGUGUACACAUGGGUAGAUCCUCAGGGCCGGAGCAUCUCUCCGCCCCCUGACCUGCUGGAGCAGCAUACAGCAGGCGGACGACACUUUAACAGCCAGCGCCGCGGACACGUCACCAUCUCCUUGGACGACGGACGUCCUCUGGGUCUGAUGAUACGUGGAGGAGCAGAAUAUUCCCUCGGGAUUUAUAUUGCCGGAGUGGACCAUGGAUCAGCAGCAGAGUGUGGAGGUUUAAAGGUUGGAGAUCAGAUCAUGGAGGUGAAUGGGCACAGUUUCCGCAGCAUUGCCCACGACGAGGCUGUGCAGAUCCUCAAGAGCUCCCGCCACAUGCUGAUGACCGUAAAGGACGUAGGGCGUCUUCCGCAUGCCCGUACCGUAGUGGACGAGACCAAGUGGAUCUCCAGCCCACAAAUCGCUGAGAGCUCGGCCAGCGCCACCUUGAGGUCCUUCUGCUUUUCGCAACCUAUUAGCUCUUUUUUUUUAUUAUUUAUUAUUUUUUUUAUAUCCCUUACUGAUUUCCUUGCAUCUUUUUCCAGAUCUAUAGAGGAACACUGGGUGUGUCAGGAGAUGCUGGUGCUGGGAGCUCAGGAAAGAAGUGAUUUGUUUAUUUUGAAUGGUGGAUUCCAGUUAUAUGCUGCUACAGAACCUCAGCCUGAUUUGACAUGUCUUCUCUUUGUGUGUUGGAAGGGCCUGUCGUCACCGGCGCUGGCAUCAGGACUUAUAGGGGCUCGGAGUUCUCUGGAGGAGCAGGCGUAUCUGCUGCUGACCGAGACAGAGAACCAGACCAUGACCUACUACAUCCAGGAGUACCAGUGUGGCCACAUUGGUGUGGAGCCUCUCGCCAUGGCCCUGUUCGAGCUCUUCAACACACACGCCAAGCUUACCUUGCUGGCAGAGGUGCGUGCUCUUAUUGCUCCUCAGGAUCUGGAGCGUUUUGAUGGCCAGGUCGUUCACCAUGAGAUGGAGGCUUGGAGGGUGAGACAUGGAGGCCUGGGCCUGCUGCACCACGCCAAGGCCAUCUGCAGCUCUCAUCCUGAGGGUCAUGUCCCAACUGCCUGCCAGCUGACUGCUUCAGCAAUGGGCUAUGCUAAGAAUGAGUGCAGGAUGGAUGGAAGCGUGGAGGCAGGACCUGCGGGGGCUUUUAACUCCCUACCGGAAAUAGCUUUGGAUGAAGUGCAAUCUCGUAUCGAGUCUCCACCUAAUUUCAGACCCCCACCUCCACCUGGACACGGAAGUCCGAAGGUCCAGCUCAAACGCCCUACAUCUAAACUGUGCCAAUCCAACCUGCUCUUUACAACCCCCUGCAGGAUGCAGCAGGAACGUCAUACUCUUAACCACAUCGACCCACACAUGCACUCGUCCUGCUCAGCUCACACUUCCCCAUGCACUGUCCACCACAGUUCCUCCCCCUGUGUCUCCCAUCGUUCUCCUCCACCCUGCUCCCUCCAUCGCUGCUCUCCAUGUUCUCUCCAUCGCUCUGGACCUUCAGUUGAACCGCCAGCCAAAGACCUCGUCCAGUUUCUGAUGAGCAAGCAGGCGGCCAUGUUGCCGCCCCAUCUGGAAUCUGCAAGCCGCUCGAGAGCUGCGACUCCGACCCCCAGCCGAUCGGCUCGCUCUUCUCCGUCCCUCUCGCCCUCGUUGCGUAUACCUGCACCGCCACCUUGCAGCCCGGAAAAACCCGAGGUCACGAUUUCCGCACCCGAUAUGAGCCCCAGAAUGGCUUGCCACCACAGACUCAACGUUGAGCAGGAGACUAUGGAGGAGAAGACACGGAUCCAACCACGAGGGGCUACUCUAUCCCAGCUGUCAGACAGUGGACAGACCCUGAGUGAGGACAGCGGCGUGGACAUUGCGGAGGCUGGGGGAAUGUGUAAGGACAGCAGUCCUCGGCCUGGUAAAGCCGUAUCUCACAAUGCAUCAGGAGAGCCGCACGGGGCAGAGAGAGCAGUAAAGAUUCCUAAUCACCAGUCAGGGCUGUCUGGGCCUACAUUGGUACGGGUGUCCAAGAGCGUUAAUACACUGGGCAUUGCUGUGGAAGGUGGCGCCAACACUAGACAACCUCUUCCACGCAUUGCAACUAUACAGAAAGGGGGCUCGGCUCAUCUAUGUGGGCAGUUGCAGGUAGGUCAGGUGAUCCUGGAGGUCAAUGGCAUGUCUCUCAAAGGCAUGGAGCAUCGAGACGCUGCACGUGUCAUUGCCGAGGCCUUUAAGACCAAAGAGAAGGACUACAUUGACUUCCUGAUUGCCGACUUUAAUGUUGCCCUAUAAGAGGUGUAAGAAACAUUACAUAAAGCUACGCAGACAUUGCACCUUAAUAUACGUGGACACCGGUGGAU